UCAUCCAUUUUCGGCGAGAGGGAGAAGAAGAAGGGGGAGAGGAGGAGGAGGAGAGCAGCGAGAAUGCUUUGGCGGGGAAGAUGGGUGCUGCAGAAGCGUCACCUUCAGAAGCAGCUAUUACCGGCGACCAGUUUCUCUUCGUGGACUAGGCCUAGUCGGGGCGGCGCCCGGCUCGUGCCCGGUGUCAAGAAGCCUAGCGACAAGUCCGAGUGGUGGGUGAUCGACGGAGAGAUGCAUGAGAUAGGCGACAACGUCCCGCCGAGGGAGAGAUUCGCCAUCCCCAGGGACAACAUCCCCAACAGGCGCCGGAAACAGAUGCGAGAGCAGUUCAUGAGGAGAACUCGCCUGGUCCUGAAAGAAACGGAACAUGAGCCUUGGUGCAAGCGGUAUAUGGAGCUCUAUCAAGAACUCAGGGACAACUGGGAAAGAUUGUAUUGGGAUGAGGGUUACUCGAAGAAACUGGCUCAGGAUCAUGCCAAUUAUGAAUCUGAAGAAGAUGACAUAGAUUUCUCGCCAAACAGGGGAAGGCAUUUUAAUCCUCAACAUAUUCAGGUACUUGCAUGGGAUCAAAGGUUUGGCAGCAAUAAACCUGGUGAUACUUGGAACAGGACUGAGAUAAUACGUGAUAAGUUUGAGUAUGACAGAGAAAGAAGGAUGAGAGAAAAAGCAUUUGCUCCAAUAGCUAGAGGAGGCAGCGACAGAGGCUUUGGCUUCCAUAAUACAAAUCCCAGGUCCCAGCCUUUUGAUGUCAACAAAUUUUUUCCUGAGAAUUCAAGAGAAUAAAUCUCAGCUACUGGGUGCCAAAGACUGCCAACUUUAGAGGAUGCCAGACCCCUUCUGCAUCGUGAGGACUCAGGAGACUGUUCUUUCUUCUCACUAGUCUGAAAUGAUGAGAUCUGGAUGCUGGAUAAUUCCUCUAGUCCCAAGAGAUGGACCUGCACGAAUGGUUGAGAAAUUGAAGAAUAAAAGGAGCUGUUUUCGGCAUUUUGAGCUGAUCGGUACUGCCUUCUUUGAUGAAGUUUGGGAGUUUAUGAAGGUCAAUGCUGAUUUGCUGCGCUAAAUCUGUUGCUCGAUUACCAAUAUAGUGCUCCAGUUCCGGAGAAAAUGCAAACAGGAAUAACAUGAGAAUGCUAAUGGGUGUAAGGGUGUUGAAUAUGUUAUCGAGCUCUUAGUCUAUAUAUAAUGGCCGAGAAGCCACUGUUGGGGUGGGAGAUUCCACUCCUUUUAACUUGCUAUAUCUGCAGUUGCUGCAUCAACAGUGUACAACUUUGAUGUGAAAGCCCAUUGAACCCCAA